GCCUGAAUAAGACGUCAUCCUUCUCCUGUGAGGCCCAUAAUGCCAAAGGGGUCACCACUUCCCGGACGGCCACGGUCACAGUGCUUCCACAACGACCCCAGCAUCUCCGGCCCAUUUCCAGCGGUCCCACCACGCUUGAAGUAGCCUGGACACCAGGGGCCAGUGGGAUUUACCCCAUCACCAACUGUGCCCUGCAGGCUGUGCUAUCAGAUGAUGGGGUUGUGCCUGGACCUGGAGCCAUGGAACCCCCAGAAGAGCCACUGGCAUUCCAAAUAGCUGUACCACCCCACCGCCUGCACCUGGAGAACCUGCAACCCCAUAGUGCCUACCACAUACGUGUGGCCUGUGCCAGUUCCCAAGGCCCCUCGUCUUGGACACAUUGGGUGUUGGUGGAAACACCGGAGGGAGUACCAAUGGGACCCCCAGAGAAUGUGAGUGCCAUCCGAAAUGGCAGCCAAGCUCUGGUGCGCUGGCAGCCACCUCGAGCUCCACUGCAGGGGACGCUGCAAGGGUACAAGCUGGCAUACCGGGAAGAGGAUGCGCCUGAGGUGCUGAUGGACGCAGGCCUGAGACGGGAGGUGACUCUGGAGCUUCGGGGGGAGGGGGUGUUGCCCAACCUAACCCUACGGGUGGCAGCCUACACCGCUGCCGGUGAUGGACCCUGGAGCAUGCCUGUGCGGCUGGAGCCCUGGGGACCAGGAGAUGGGCAGCCAAUACACCAGCAUGUGAAGGAUCCCCCAGCCCCUGCCUUCUCCUGGCCCUGGUGGUACGUGCUCCUCGGGGCUGUCACCACUGCCGCUUGCGUGCUCCUCCUCGCCCUCUUCCUUUUCCACCGGAGAAAGAAGGAGACUCGUUACGGGGAAGUGUUUCAGCCCACAGUGGAGCGGGGAGAGCUCGUGGUUCGGUACCGGGUCCGGAAGUCCUACAGUCGUCGCACUACCGAAGCUACCCUAAACAGCCUGGGCAUUAGCGAAGAGCUGAAGGAGAAGCUCAGAGACGUGAUGGUAGACCGGCACAAGGUAGCCCUGGGAAAGACCCUCGGAGAAGGAGAAUUCGGUUCUGUUAUGGAAGGACAGCUGAACCAGGACGACUCCGUCCUCAAAGUGGCUGUGAAGACCAUGAAGAUUGCCAUCUGUACCCGGUCAGAGAUGGAGGACUUCCUGAGUGAGGCGGUCUGUAUGAAGGAGUUUGACCAUCCCAACGUCAUGAGGCUCAUCGGGGUUUGCCUCCAGGGCUCGGAGUGUGAGGGCUUCCCUUCGCCUGUGGUCAUUUUGCCCUUCAUGAAACAUGGAGACCUGCACAGUUUCCUGCUCUAUUCACGACUCGGGGACCAGCCCAUG